GUUUACUGUCUCUGACAGGAAAUUACGAUGCAGGGAAAACUCAGGUUGUUCAGCCAUUUCUUUUAUGCAUUGCUUGGUUUCAUUUUACCAGUACUUAUAGUUUAUGGCCAAGAUCAAGCAGGCUUCAUUAGCAUAGACUGUGGCCUAGCAGCUAAUUCUAGCUAUAAUGAACCAAAAACAGGCGUAUUUUACGUGUCAGACACAACUUUCCUGGACAACAUCACCGGUGAAAGUAAGCUCUUAUUGCCAGAACACAGAGAUGGCUACCUACGGCAGGUCUGGAAUCUCAGAUACUUUCCCGAAGGUAUCCGCAACUGUUACACCAUAAACAUAAUUAGUAGCACCAAAUAUUUGAUCAGAGCAACAUUCUUUUACGGGGAUUAUGAUGGCCAACACAAGGCACCGGUGUUCGAUUUGCAUCUUGGAGCAAACUACUGGGAUACAGUGAAGUCAAACAACACAAUCAAGGAGAUCAUACAUGUCCCCUUGCAAAACUACAUUCACAUUUGUCUGGUGAACACAGGCUUUGGGACUCCCUAUAUAUCAGCUAUAGAACUAAGGCCCUUGGGUACUACAGUUUACAAGACUCAAAUGGGCUCCUUGGCACUCUUCAAUCGUUUGGACACUGGUUCAAUAACGAAUAAAACAUACAUGUAUAACGACGACGUUCAUGAUCGCUGGUGGUACCCUUAUUCUUACAAUGGAUGGACACAACUAAGUACCUCGCUUACCAUUGACUCUGCAACAAGUGAAAAUCCCUACCAACUGCCAUCUAUUGUCAUGAGCACUGCUGCAACACCGAAAAAUGAAAAUGCUUCCUUGUAUAUUGGGUGGACUCCCCCGGAUAGCAAUACCGAAUACUAUGUCUACAUGCACUUCGCUGAAGUUGAAAGUCUCCCAGCCAACCAACCUAGACUCUUGAGCAUUACUUGGAAUGGAAAGCCCUUCUAUCGUCCUUUUAGUCCAGCAUACUUAUCCUCAUUUACUGUAUUCACCCAAGGGCCCUUGACUGGAGGGCUUCAUAAUUUUUCAAUCUCUCAAGUAGGAAACUCUACCCUUCCGCCCAUCAUCAAUGCCUUCGAGAUUUAUACAGUUAUCGAGUUCUUACAGGAAGAAACAAACCAAGAAGAAGUGGACACCAUGAAGAAAAUCAAGUCAACCUAUGGAGUGAAGAAAAAUUGGCAAGGUGAUCCAUGUGCUCCUCAACAGUAUGUGUGGGCAGGUUUAAACUGCAGUUACGAUGGUUAUGACUCCCCCAGAAUCAAUUCCUUAAACUUGUCCUUUAGUGGCUUAACUGGAGAUAUAGAUCCAUCUUUAUCCAGUCUCACAAUGCUACAGACUCUGGAUUUAUCUAACAACAAUUUGACAGGACUGGUGCCUGACUUUUUGUCUCGAUUGCCAAACUUAAAAGUCCUAAACUUGGAAAAUAACAAGCUCACAGGUUCAGUUCCAGUUGGCUUAAUUCAGAAAGCAAAUGGUGGUUUGCUGUUAUUGAGCUUGUGUGAAAACCAAAAUCUAACUGCACCAGUUUCCUGCGGAUCAAAGGAAAAGAAGAAGAACAAAAACAAUUUUGUUGUUCCAGUAGUAGCGUCAGUUGUUGGAACUUUAGUCCUUUUAUUAUUAACUGCAGCAGCUGUUUGUUGGGGACUGACAAGGAGAAGGAAACAAGGAGAUGUUAAUGAUUCAAUACCAACCAUUCAGCGAGAGUCAAUCGAGCCAUCAUCACGACGUCAAUUUACUUACUCUGAGGUUCUCCAAAUCACCAACAAUUUUAUGAGAAUUAUUGGUAGAGGAGGAUUUGGAAUAGUAUAUCAUGGCUCCAUAGGUGACACUCAAGUAGCUGUGAAGUUGCUUUCACCAUCUUCCGUUCAAGGAUAUCAAGAAUUUCAUUCAGAGGUUAAUCUUCUAAUGAGAGUUCAUCACAAAAACUUGACGAACCUUGUUGGAUAUUGCAAGGAUGGAACCAAUGCAGGGCUUAUCUAUGAAUAUAUGGCUAAUGGAAACUUACACAAACAUCUUUCAGAUCAUAGCAGUUCAUAUAUAUUGAGUUGGGAGGAAAGACUUCGAAUCGCAAUUGAUGCAGCACAUGGACUGGAGUAUCUGCACUAUGGUUCCAGACCUCCUAUAAUCCACAGAGAUGUGAAAUCUACAAAUAUCUUGUUGAAUGAAAACUUUCAAGCCAAACUAUCUGAUUUUGGCCUGUCUAGAAUUUUUCCUGCUGAGGAUGGGACUCGUCAAUGGACACGUGUCGCUGGAACUCCUGGAUACCUUGACCCUGAGUACUACCUAUCAAACAUGUUAAAUGAAAAAAGUGAUGUUUAUAGCUUUGGGAUUGUGCUGUUGGAGAUAAUCACAAGUAGACCUGUGAUAUCAAAGACACAUGAGAAAAUUCACAUUGCUCAAUGGGUUAAUUUCAUGGUUGAGAAAGGGGACAUUACAAGUAUCAUAGAUUCAAGGCUAAAAGGAAACUUUGAUAGUAAUUCUGUGUGGAAGGCUGUUGAAAUAGCUAUAUUUUGUGUAUCUUCAAGUUCCAACAACAGGCCAACCAUGAGUCAGGUAGUGACAGAGCUGAAGGACUGCUUGGCUGCAGAAUUGGCUCGAAAGGAGAGCUAUGCAACAGCAUCGAAAGAUUCAGUUGAGAUGAUGUCACUGAAAUUCACCACUGAGAUGAGACCCCUGCCUAGGUAGUACUUCUCCAUAAAAUGUUCAAUGUUGUCACCGCUGAAAACUGUAAUCCUGUGUGUUAAAAAUUACUCUCAUUAAUUGUCAUGCUCUUAAUUACAUGCAAGUUUCAUCUCAGAUUAUGUUGAUAUAUUUUGCAUAUACAAGGAUUCAGCAAAGUAUAGGUGUG